GUCUUCUUCUUCGCUGGUGACAAAAGAUGCAUCCUAAAAUGUGGUAAACAGCACGGGGGCCUAGAAGGAUUGGCAGUAACUGCAUGAGCCUAUCUCAAAGAAAAUGUUUUAAAUUUUGGGUGGAUCAGGAAAAGGUUAUAUCCUUCGUUGGACUACAACGAUCUGGACGCUUCUCCUGGUUUCAGUGUUGGUCUUUGAACAGGAGAUUGCACUGCUCUAAGGAAAAGGCUACCCCUGACUCCUCUGCCUGUGUAUGAGAACAUUUGCCAGGUCACGUCAUCCUCGCUCAUACACAUGAGUGCUGUUUUCCCCUCGCGCUGGGCCAAGCGCCAUGCCUGACCGGGACAGUUCCUACCUAUCAGGUGGUGGUGGGAGUGCUGGUAGUCUGGGUGAAGAAGGAGGACCUGGGUCCGGUUUGGCAGGGAGCUCAGGGGAGGGCAGAGGGGGUUCAGGAGGAAGCGUUGGAGGCAGCGUAUCUGGCUCUGGGAGCAUGGGGGGAGGUGGGGCGCUCGGCAAUGGUAACAGUUGUGGGAAUGGUGGAAGUGGGGGGCAAGGGGCUGGACUGGCAUUAGACGGUGUCUGCAGGGACUUCAUACGCAAUGUCUGCAAGAGAGGGAAACGUUGCCGCUUCAGACACCCAGACUUUAAUGAGGUACCAGACUUAGGAGUGCAAAAGAAUGAGUUUAUCUUCUGUCAUGACCACCAAAAUAAAGAGUGCAUGCGCUCCAACUGUCGCUUUGUUCAUGGAUCUAAAGAAGAUGAGGACUAUUACAAGAAAACAGGAGAGCUGCCCCUCAGACUCAGAGGGAAGGUAGCAGCACGACUGGGCCUGUCCCCAAUGGAUCUCCCCCACAGCCGUGGGGAAGUCCCUAUCUGCAGAGACUUUCUGAAGGGGGAGUGCCAGAGAGGCAAUAAAUGUAAAUUUCGUCAUGUCAAAAAAGACUAUGAAUAUGAGCCCAACAGAGUUGGAGUGGGGGGAGUUGUGGGGCCUGGAGCCAGUGGAAUGGUGAAUUCUGUGGGAGGGAUAGGUGGUGGAGGAGGAGGUGCUUGUGGAGGAAUGCAAGGGCUUGUGGGAGGUGGUGGUGGAGGUGGAAGCAAUAUGAUGGGGAUGGGUUGCCCCAGCCUUGGCGGGUGCAGAGAUCCUGGUAUCUCAGGAGUUGGGGGAAUGGGUGUAGGAGGGAUGAGUGGUUGUCUGUCUAUAAGCUCUGCAGGUCAGCGGCGUUACGACAGGAGCUCCUGCUCUGUGUAUGACCCCCUGCUGGAGAGUGGACUGUUUGAUGCUGGCUCUCUUGAGGCCUCAAUGGACCACACUGCUCUGCAGCUGAAGAGGCGGCGGCUGGAGGGGCUGCGCCUGACAGAUGGGAGUGGAGGAGGCCACUAUGAACUGGGAGUUCAGGCAACCUUACCACCACGGCCCCUGGAGUGCAGGUUCCUGGAGGAGGAAAACUCCCUGCUGAGGAAGAGAGUUGAAGAAUUAAAGAAGCAGGUUUCUAAUCUCAUUGCCACAAAUGAGGUUCUUCUGGAGCAGAACGCCCAGUUCAGGAGCCAGGCCAAGGUGAUGACGCUGUCCUCCACCCCUGCUCCCGCUGAGCAGAGUCUGGCGCCCCCUGUGGGUGCUGUAAGUUCCUACAAUCAUGGCAUUGCACAGACCCACACCACCCUGAGCAGCGCAGGACUGCAGCCACGACCCGUCACCCAGCAAGACCUCGUCGCUCCCACCGGUGCUCCAGCAGCUCCCCCAACAAACGCGGCCCCACCGACAGCCCCUCCACCCCACCUCAACCCUGAGAUCACCCCCCUCUCUGCUGCUCUUGCACAGACCAUCGCUCAAGGCAUGGCACCACCAGUUUCUAUGGCACCAGUGGCUGUGUCUGUGGCACCUGUGGCAGUGUCGAUGACCCAGCCUCUGCCUGGUAUCACCAUGAGUCACGCCACCACCCCGAUGGUGUCAUACCCUAUCGCAAGUCAGAGUAUGAGGAUCACCACACUGCCUCACUAACUGAUAAAGUGCAAGACUGUAGCACUCAAAGUCAGACUGUAGCAUCCUAACAGGGAUUUUUAGAUGCUUUUCUUUUAUGUUGAUGAGACUAAAGUCAUUUUAAGAAGCAGCAGUGUUUAGGAUACAAACCCAGUACCUCUCCAGCAGAGGGCAGAAAAGACUUCUCUGCCCAGCCUCAUUCACUCUGUGCUUUCUUGCAUCACUACAAGACUGAAUAACCCAUGUAAAGUAAUCUGUUUUCAAACACAGAUAUGAAAAAGGCAACAGUGCACACAUCUGUGAGGUAAUCCAUUGUGUUUGAACGAUUUCUGAAAAACAGCGGUGCUGUCCUUAGAGGAUACACAGACUUUUGAAGCAGCUUGUGUCUAUUUUUUGUGAAUUGCUCUGGUGUAAAUUAACUUUGGUACUUUGCACAUUCAAAAAAAAAGAAGAAUAACAACCUCUCAACAAUA